AUGUUCAUCGCCACAGCCAUCCAACAAGAAUCAGUGCUCCAUCAAAUUGAGCUCUUGGAUCCAACCAACCUUACAAAUCUUUUCCCUGUCACCAAGUUCCUUGGAUUGUUAGCUACUGGAACUACAGCUGAUGCAAAGACAUUGGUUCCACAGGCAAGAAAUGAAGCAGUUGAGUUUCGUUGUAAAUAUGGCUAUGAGAUGGUUGUUUAUGUAUUAGCAAGAUGGAUUGCUGACAAAUCACAAGUUUAUACUCAACAUGCUUACAUGAGACCACUUGGAGUAGUGGCUAUGUUGUUGGGUAUUGAUGAUGAGAAUGGGUCUAAACUCUUCAAAUGUGAUCCAGCAGACUGCAAUUUCUGCUUUGCAAUGAUGCAAUCUGUUCUACAAGAAGACUACAAGGCCAAUGAGAUUGAGGUUGCAAAUACCGGUUUGGAGCUGAACCAUCAUAAGUGUAUCUAUUUCAAAUCGUUGUUUGUUGCUUUCUUUCCAUUUCUAGGGCAAAAACAGUGA